GAUGAAUCAAAUGUGGAAAAAUCUGUGAAACAUUACAAAGAACAGACAGAUACUGUAGAAAAGAAUAAUAAAAAUAGUAAGUCAACUGAGGUUGAAGUAAAAAAAUCUUUGUGGCAGCGUUUUGUUGCAGAAAUUAAACAUUAUUAUAAUGGAUUUAGGUUGUUAUUUAUAGACGUAAAAAUUUCUUCUCGCUUGUUGUAUAGAGUGUUAAAUGGUCAAACAUUGAGCCGUAGAGAAAAAAAUCAGUUGGUGCGUACUACUGCUGACCUCUUCCGUUUAGUACCAUUUCUAGUAUUUCUGAUUAUACCAUUUAUGGAAUUGCUAUUGCCAGUUGUUGUCAAAAUGUUUCCCUCUAUGUUACCUAGUACUUUUGCUGAAGCAAAUAAAGAACAAGAGAAAUUAAAGAAACAAUUGAAAAUUAAAUUAGAAAUGGCAAAAUUUUUACAAGAAACAGUUCACGAGUCUGCCUUGCAAGGGAAGAAGCCAUCCAAACUUGCAAAGGAAUUCUCUAAUUUCGUUAAUAAUAUUCGAGAAAAAGGUCUAGCUGUCACAACUAAAGAUAUUGUACAAUAUUCAAAAUUAUUUGAAGAUGAAAUAACAUUAGAUACACUAUCACGUGAACAAUUGAGGGCCCUAUGUAGAGUAUUGGGUAUACAACCAAUUGGUACAGAUGCUAUGUUAAGAUUUCAACUUCAAAUGAAACUUAGAAAACUGAAGACAGAUGAUAAGAUGAUAGUUAAAGAAGGUAUAGAUACUUUGACUAUGUCUGAACUACAAUCAGCAUGUAGAGCUAGAGGUAUGAGAGCUUUAGGUCUAUCAGAACCAAGAUUAAAGUUUCAACUACAACAAUGGUUAGAUAUACAUCUAAAUGAAAAGAUUCCACCCUCAUUAUUGCUGUUAUCUAGAGCUCUAUAUUUACCUGACAAUUUAUCUACAACAGAACAAUUAAAGGCAACAAUUUCAUCUUUACCGGAGACCACUACAUCGGAAACUAUUGUUAAAGUGGCAGAAUUAACUGGUGAUAAGAUUGAUAAUAAGGCUAAAUUAGAUUUGAUUAAACAUGAAGAGGCUGUGAUAGAGAAAGAACAACAACAAAAAUCAAUGGAAGAAAUGGAAAUUGAAGCAGCAGAAGCCAAGGCUGCCAAACGACAGAUGGAAGCUCAGGAAAUUCUACAAGAAGAUGCUCUAGAUGUCAAACCAGCACAGAGUGAAAUUGUAAAUGAUGGUAUAGUAUUAGAAGAGGAUAUUGAUAAUAGAAUAACUAGUAAAGAUUUAGAAGAUAUAGAAUCUGCAUUAGAAGAAAUUGUUGAACAGAAAAGAUUAAGUAUUGAUGAAGGAGAACUGGAAGAUUUAAAAGAAGAUGUUAAUGAAUAUAAAGAGGAUUUAGAAGACUUGAAGUCACUUAUGGUUGCAACUGGUGAUGAUAGUAACAUACAAGAAUCUAAAGCAGCUAAACGCCUAGCUAAGCGUGUUGACAGAAUGAUUAAGAAGCUAGAUGGUAUGACAGGGAAGAUGUAUGAAAAGAAAGAGAAAUUUCAGGAAGACAUUGAAUUACGUGAAGGUAUUUUUGUAUUUGUUUUUAGGGCCAACAUUAUCAGUAUCAAUGAGAUGGUAUUAGGAUUAAAACGAUUACAGAAAGUACCAAAUGAAACAAGAAAUCAACAGAUAGUUGAGGUAUUAGAUGACGAUAGAGAUGGUAAUAUUAAUGUUAGUCAUGUUCUCAAGGUCAUUGAACAGAUUGGCAGAGAAAAUGUGAAACUUGAUUCUUCACAAUUGUCUGAAAUAAUAGAUUUAAUUAAGCGUGAGGAAGCUAUAGAAGAAGAGGAAAAAUUGCAAGAGAAACUAGACAAGGAAAAGCAGCAGCAGCAGCAGCAGCAACAAGAACAGCAGCAAAAUCAACAACAGCAGCAACAAGAAGUCAAAGGCCAAUAG